AUGGAGAAUAAACAAAGCUAUACUAUUUCGUUUAAGCUUGAUGUAAUAAAAUAUGUUGAGAAAACUUUCAACUAUAAGGUAUCUUUGUUCUAUCAAGUCGAUCAAAAAUGCUUCCAAGAAUGGAGAAAGCAAAAAAAAGAAUUUGAGAUUAUCAAAAAUAAUCAAAACUUAAGUAUUGAGAAGGUACAAACUCUGGCCGCAGUUGAAAAGCCAUUUACUACUUCUAUAAUUGAAAAAAAGGUGAAAGAGUUAGGGAAAGCACUAGAUAUUCAAGAUGCAAAGUUCUCUGCUAGUUGGCUUCCAGAAGAUAUACCUAUAGUUGUUAGAGAAUUUCUUCAAACUUUGCAUGUUCGAGAAGUAUCAAUUAAAACUACGGGGAAUGAGAAAUUACGUUUUACAGUAGUCCUGGGCUAUACUGCAUCAGGAGAAAAACUUCCGCCUGCUGUAAUUUUCAAAUUAAAAAAAAAACCAAAAGGGCAAAUUUCCACAAGACAUGGUGGUAACCAUGGCACCUUGUGCAAAUAUGAUAGUAAAGAUAUAAUUUUUGUUGAUCACCACCGCAAUCAUGUUCGUGAUGAUGUAAUCAAAGCAUUAAAGAUGGAAGGCUUAGACGUCCUAGAGAUACCUGGUAGAACUACUUGCGUUUUGCAACUACCUGAUAUAUCAGAAAAAUGGAUAGACGAAGGAAAAGGCAGAUUUACUAAAAAAGGAAACCUCAAAAGAGCAUUAUACGAAUUGGAAGAAGAUAAUGAAUCAUCAAAUCAGGAUGAUGUAGAUAAUGAAUCAAAUCCUGAUGAACUUGAUGAUGAACUUUAUGAUAAAAGCGUAACAGAUAAUGACUCUGAAGAUAUGAUGAACAUUGAUAAUUAA